AUGGCAGAAAGUGUGGUGAGAUUUAUACUGCCGAAGUUUUCGUCCGUGUUGGAAGAUGAGGCCAAGCUCUUGAGCGGGGUUCGAGAUGAAGUUGUUUUCGUGAAAAAUGAGUUGGAUCUCAUAAGAGCAUUCUUGCGAUCUGCUGAUGCUAAGGAAGAUCAAGAUGAAGAAAUCAAAGAGUGGGUUAAGCAAGUUAGAGAGGUCGCUUACGAUGCAGAAGACAUCAUCGAUGAUUUCUUGUAUAGAUUUGAGCAUACCAAGCGACAUGGAUUCUAUGGUUAUUUGUUGAAGAUGGCUCGCGGGAUCAAGAACUUGAAAGCUCGUCGUCGAAUUGCCUCCCAAUUGCAGAGUAUCAAACGCAGAGUUACUGAUAUUUCUGAGGGGCGCCAGAGAUACAAACUGAGUAGCACGGAGAUCGGGUCGAGUUCAGGAACUAAACCUUGCUACUAUUUUGAGGUUAGAAGCGACGCACGGUUGCUGGAAGAAGCUCAACUAGUGGGCAUUGAACCAAUGAAGCAAGGUCUUUUGAGUUUUCUUAUGGAGGACACCUCUCAACUACAAGUGGUUGUAGUGCAUGGAAUGGGAGGGCUGGGCAAAACCACUCUGGUGAGUACAGUUUAUAAUGAUUCACGAGUAAAGAAUCAUUUUCAUCAAAUCCAAGCUUGGGUCACUGUUUCACAAUCGUUCAAGCCAGUUGAAGUUCUGAGACAAAUUAUCCAGCAAUUUUUCAAAGCUAUGAAUCUGCCACUUCCUGAUGAAGAUGACAUAUGGGAAGUGCACGCGUGGGAAGCAGUAAAAGUUGCAUUUCGGAACAACAACAAUGGUAGCCGAGUAAUGAUCACUACUCGUAUUGCAGAUGUGGCCUCUUCCUCUACCAAAGACGUUGGAGGUGAGAUCAUAACCUUAGAUCCUUUAUCUUAUGAAGAUUCUUGGACUCUAUUUUGUGCAAAAGCCUUUCAAGGUAAGGCAUGUCCAGCUCAUUUGGAGGAAAUUUCAAGAGAUUUCCUGAAAAGAUGUGAGGGAUUGCCUCUUGCCAUUGUUGCAAUAGGAAGCAUGUUGGCCACAAAGGACAUCAACAGAGUAGAUGAAUGGGAGACUGUUCACCGUUCUCUGGGGGAUAAAUUAUAA